AUGGAAGUUGAAGAAGUGGUUGUUUUGCUAUGGCAUCUAUGGUUUAAUGAAAACAAAAUUAUAUGGCGGAAUGAGAACGUGUCAGCUGCAGGAAUUAUUGGUGCAGCCUGUAGCUGUCUAACGGCUUGGAGAGAAGCUCAGGUACAAAAUGACAUUGGUGCGCUAGGUGGGAGACUUCACUUGGAGGGAAAAUGGGUGAAGCCGUGGAAUGGUGUGCUAAAAUUCAAUAUAGAUACCGCUGUGUUCGAGAGCCAAAGAAAAAUUGGUUGUCGGGCGGUCGUUCGAGAUUUUGAAGGGAUAGUGGUAGCGGCGAUGUGCGGAAAGGUGGGAAGGGUGGCUGGCCCAUCUAUGGUCGAUCUCCUUAGCUUGAGAGAUGUGUUGAGUUGGGUCAAAAGAAAGGGUUGGAAGGAGAUGGAGUUUGAAAUGGAUGUCCAAACGGUAGUACUCGUGGUGACAGGUUUACAGAAGGAUGAUUCUAUCUUUGGGGCAGUAGUAGAAGAUUAUCGUCAGCUUUUGAAAGAGGCCUCUGGAUCCUCUAUGAGGUUCGUAAGACGAUCAACGAAUCAAGUUGUUAACACGCUAGCUCGGGCAUCAAGUUCUAUAGCUGAGAGCAAGUUUUGUUGA